GGUCAAUGACGCGACUCUCUUGGUUUGUGAAAAGACGCCAUUUUCUUGUUAGGUGUGAAGUUGAUUGCUUGGAGACACAUCUAGAAGCCGCGUCUCUGAGGGAAAAUGGGGGGCUUUAUGUCGAUCUUCAGCAAGCUCUUUGGGAAGAAGGAGAUGAGGAUCCUCAUGGUGGGUCUGGACGCCGCGGGGAAGACCACCAUCCUGUACAAACUCAAACUGGGAGAGAUCGUCACCACCAUCCCCACCAUCGGUUUUAACGUGGAGACGGUGGAGUAUAAGAACAUCAGCUUCACGGUGUGGGACGUGGGCGGCCAGGACAAAAUCCGGCCCCUCUGGCGCCAUUACUACCAGAACACGCAAGGGCUGAUCUUCGUGGUGGACAGUAACGACAGGGAGCGGGCGAACGAGGCGAGGGAGGAGCUGAACAGGAUGCUGGCCGAGGACGAGCUGCGCGACGCCGUCCUGCUCGUCUUCGCCAACAAGCAGGACCUGCCGAACGCCAUGGCUGCGGCGGAGCUGACGGAGAAGCUGGGCCUGCACUCCUUGCGGCACCGCAACUGGUACAUCCAGGCCACCUGCGCCACCAGCGGCGACGGCCUCUACGAGGGGCUGGACUGGCUGUCCAACCAGCUCAAGAACCAGAAGUGAUCCAUUCCGCCCCCGGCAGGGCUGGGAUGCGCCACCGGCCGCCGUCUUCUCCCGCGUCGCCGCGGGGCGUGUGGGCGAUCCUCUUUCUGCUCUUUUUCUCUUUUUCUUUAGUCGUACCUGAUGUGGUCGUGAACCAGCAGAUGUCAGAGGCCAUGGGAAAUGCUUCCGGGGGAAGAAAAAAAAAAACAAGACCAGGUCAAAAACUAGUAUAUGUCUGGACCUAACACACUUCAUCCGCCGACCAAUGGUGUAACUUCAUAACUCGGCCGUCCAAUGGUGUAACUUCAUCACUCAGUGACUCAGUCACAGACAUUCGCGUUUUGUAGGGCUGGCCCCACUGUUGCGGUCCAGCCAAAAACUGUUACAACAGCCAAUGAGCAGCAAGGUCGUGUAGCUUCUGUUGUGUGAUUUGCUUUUUCAGUCACAUGGAAGCUGUACGACCUUGCUGCUGAUUGGCUGUCUUAUCAACACCCAGUGGAUAUCAGUGAAUAUUUGUCAUUUUUCCCGGAAGCAUUUCACAUGGCUUUUGACAUUCGGUUGUUUGCUACCGCAUCAGGUAAAAUUAAAGAUGAAGAAGACAAAAGAUCUCCUGUACGCCCCCUGGUGGCAGUUACUGUUAUUAGGCUUAGAGAGAUUGCGAUUCGGUACGUCACACAGCCCUGCCAACCCAUCUGUUUACUGUCUGUGUGACGGGACAGCACCAGAGCCAGUGCCCCUUCCCACCCGAAAACAGCCCCUCCUAUCCUGUCCUGGCCCCCCCCGCCCGCCUGCCCCCCAGCCUGGUGCUGUCCUGCCUGUGUGUGUAUGUGUGUGUGUGUGCGAGAGUGUGUGUGAGCUGUGAAAGGGAGCAUCCCUGGCGUGCCUUACACCCCCCCCCCCCCCGUCGGCUUGCCCCCCCCCCCCCCCCUCCACAAGGCUAAGAAAGACCCAGGAUGCAAAGUGUUCUCGCCUCUCCUUUCAAAAGGAGCAUUUUACAAACCUGAUACUGCACCAGAUUUCAAAUAGUACAGAGAUAGACAUGUUAAAGAUGUCCGUUUGAAUCCUCCCUCCCCAUUUAAAAAAAUAAAUAAAAUGAGAAAAAAAACCCACAUUGUAACCUGUAUCAGGUUGGAAGAGAAGUCAAUAAAAAGCAUUUUCCAUCCUAGA